UGCCUUACACGUCUUCCAGUGAGAUUUUUCGCUUAGCUUUCGUUCUUUGCUGGAUAGAUUCUGCGCAGACAGUCUUUUCCCCCCCACAGACAUUCUUCCGUGUGCCCUUUCUCGUUUUGGGCGUCUCUCUUUCUCCAGCGUUUUCUCCGUGUUUCGCGGUUAGCAAACGGAGUCUCUCUGUGAUUUGCCUGUGCCUCUGCUACCCCAGAGCCAUUGUCUUUUGCCUCAGGCCUUCUGUUUUUUCGCCUCAGUUACUCGGGCAUCCCGCCUGCCCAUUCUUCAACAAUCGGUUUUUUCUCCCUCAUAUUUCCUUUUUUCUGCGCGCCUUCCCUUUGGUCUAUUUCUUCCUUCUUCAUCUUCUUCACAUCUUCUCUGUUCGCUCCCUUCCUCUCGCUGCCUCUAUUUUGACGCAUUUCUCGUCGACAAAGACUGCUUUCUGCCUCCUCUCGAGUUCCCCGCUCGGCUUCUCUUUUGUUUCAGCGGAAGCUGGACUUCGCAUCUGCAUUUCAGUGUUCCUUUUCCUGAAACAGCGACUCUUUCGUCUUCGCUCUGCCGAACGACAAAGUGAAACGGAAAGGUCACCGCAUCUGCAUGCGUUCCCCGACCCUAUGGCAGAGCUCUCUGGAAAGCGCUUCUACGAUCUGUGAAACGCGGGAGAAGCCGACUUCGCAGUUUAAGCGCUCCCCCCGAGAUUAUCGGGACUGGAGCACAGUGAGAAGGUCUUCAGUCACACAGAGUUUGACCGUUACCCUCUCUUCGACUGUGCACGGACUGCGUCUUGCUGCAGCGCAUGCGGUACCGAAAGGCAUGCAAGCGAACCUCUCCACCGCCGGGAUCUCGUCGUCUUUUUUCUACGUGGUUCUUCGAGGGAGAGUCGUCUGUGGACCUCUGUCGCCCUUGGCCUUCGCGGGACGGUCUCUCUCUGUUUCAGAGGCUCCGUUGUUUCGAGUUGAACGAAAAUGUUUCCCUUUUAGAAACCAACAGUCACUUCGUUGCCUCACAUCUUUGUCAAGUCGUUCCCGAAGGAGGAACAGAGGCUCUGAGAGGGCCGGAGACACGCUCAACUCGACAAAGAGAUCUCCCUGAAGCUUUCUCUCAAUGUGCGCCUACGGGAGGCGUCCCCCACCUCCUCCUCCAGAUGGAGGCAGGCCGGCGACCGUCGGACCGGCAGGUCCACAAAUUCUUCGAGUUGGAGCUUCGCCUCCUGCAUCUUCUGCUCCGCCUCCCCCUCCCUCUGCAUGCUCACGCCGGCCUCUAGUUCUUCGUCGAGUCGCGCCGCGACCUCCUUCUGCUCCCUCUACGCCGGUCACGGCGAAUGCGGCGUCUCUCUUGGCGUCGAGCAGUUGCGGGGAACAGGCAGGGAGUCCUCUAGAGAAGAGCGAGAGAAGGGAGAGAGGCGCGAGAGGAGAAAAGGACGAGAGAGGAGCGCUUCGCGAUCUCCCGUCGUCUCGGCGGCAGGGCGUUUCGCAUACAUUCUCCAAGUUGGGCCAGUCAAGGUGGAAACGCCCUCCGCUGGUCCACCCCGAUGCGGUCGGAUUCUUCAGAGAGCAGCUGGCUGAACAAGAAAGACUGUUGAAGGCGGCAGAGGAGACUGCUUCCGAGCUCGAGAAAAAAGCCGCGCAUGCAUCAGAUGCAGCAGAUGCAGCAGAGGGGGGUGCGGGUAAGAAGGGAAGGCACUCCGUGGAAAAGCAGUUGCGACUCGCACACAAGAGGGUCGAAGCCGCGAAGAAACGCUUCGAAGACGCUCGCGAGACGCUAGAGGCCAUUGCUCAAGUGGAGAGCGCGCCAAACGAGGAUGCAGAAGAGAGCGAGAAGAGCGAAGCUCGAGGCGUUCGCAGGCAGCAGGAGGGAUUCGACCCAAGUCUGGUGACGCAGAUCUACGAUGACUUGGUGGACGCUCACUUCCCGCAACAAGGUCUUCUCACCCUCGAGUUUUCCCUUUUCUUCGAGAACUAUUUGUGGCCGUUCUUCCCCGUUCACGGGGCGGAGACACCCGCGGACGCCGACAGUGGCGAGCCAACUGUGUCGAAGGCUCACUUGCUCCUCAUCGUCUGCAUGCUCUUGGAGAAGCACCGGAAAAACUUGCCUCUCUGGGAGUCCUUCCUCAACCAUCCUCUCCUCCGAGACAGCGACGGCCGCCGGACGGAAGCGCGUGAGGAGACAGGUGGAAAGAAGGAGACAGGUGGAGAGGAUGUUGAAAUGGACGGUGGAGCUUCUCAGGAGAGGAGGAACGGGGAGAGAGACGCUGUGGCUGCGGAGUUGAGCGCAGACAACAUGGUCCGCCUUCCAGACGAGUUUUUCCACGCCAAGUUCUCUUCCUUGCUCUACAGUCUGUUAGAUCUCUUCCUCCGCUCUGCAGACGCAUAUCCCACUGCCGAGAGCGGAACCGCGAACGGAUGCGUCGAGGCGUCCUCCGCAGGAGACUGUGCGGCAGCGAAGAAACCUUCUUCUCUUCUCUCUGUCGCGGAGAAGACUCUCGUCGUCCGCUUCUUGAUUCUCUGUUUCCAGGGACUGGAAGAAGUGAUGCUUCGACGCGUGACUCUCGCGGUGUGCGGCGCGUCGAUGUGGGUGCAUGCAUCCCCGAAAUUCCUCGACCAGCUUCUCGAGACGAGUGGUGCGGCGCUCCUGCUGUGGCAGAAAGGCAAGAAGAAGCUCCAGGUCGCUGACGAGGCUCUCGAGGCCAAAAACAUCGACGGGAUUUUGAAAGAAAACUCGAGUCUCGGGCCGAAAGAACAGGCUGCGAAGAAACGCGCGAGAGAUCGCGAGAUCAAACGCGCGCGGACUGAACGCGACUUCUUUCCUCUCUUUCUGCAGCAGUUCUUCUGGCUGAUCGACGACGUUCCACUGAAGUAUGCGGACGAAGGACCGCCGAUGGAGGUCGUCUAUCUGGCCGAGCGGAUGCUGGAACUUUUGAUCGAUCUCGAAAACCAGUUGCCGACAAGGAGAUGCAUUUUGCCUCUCUUGAACGACUUGCAUGUGGUCGUCCGCGCGCGCAUGGCAGCCCUCGCCAAGACUCCAGAGGCCGGCGUCUACAAACAAAUGGUCGAGCUCCUCGACUUCUACAGUCGAUUCGAAAUCGACAAUGACUCAGGUCUGCCGUUGACGCCGAACCAGUGCGUGGACGCUCACUACAGGCGAGUGGCAGACUUCCAGAGGUUGUGUUUCUCACUUUCGUCGGACAUUCCUGCGCUCAAGUUGCCGGCGCUCGCUGCCGUUUCGGCGAUCGACGCGCCUGCCGAACUUCGUGGGCUUCUGGACAAACAGGAGCUCCUCACUCUCCUGCAGAUGGCCACCCACCUGAACCUUGUCGACCCUCAAACUCUCCCAGGCGCCCCCCGUCCGGAGGUCGCGCCUUCCUCGACGUUCGCGGCUUUCUACGCGCGGUUGCCUCCGCACUCGCGCCGAACGAAGAAGUGGAUUCGCGAGUUUCUCACGGAGACUCUGUGUCACCAUCUGGAGCGUCGCCCAGAUCAGAUCCAGCAACUCAACGCUCUCUCUCUGUACCCCUCUGAAGAGGAGAUGUGGAACGAAGCAAUUCUUCCUGCAGACCAGUACACCGGCGACACAGCCUUGGCCCUACCCAAGUUGAAUCUCCAAUUUCUCACCAUUCAUGACUAUCUCCUCAGAAACUUCAACCUCUUCAGACUGGAGUCGAUUUACGAAAUCCGCGAAGACGUUCAAGACGCGAUUUUCCGCAUGAAGCCGAGGAGGAAGGAAGCGCCUUCUGCCGUCACUGGAGUGUACGCGGACUCGAGUGCUCUGGACGCUGGGGGAGGCCGAACAGUUUUUGAGGGCAGCGCGCGUAUGGCGCUUGAGCUGCAGCGGUUCUCUGUCGUCGCAGUCGAGAAACCUAAGGUUGGAGAGACAGUUCCGGCAGAAGUGCGAGCGGAACUGAGUAUCGACCUCGCCGGCCUCAAGCCGCAAGUCGCGCGUGAGUGGGAUGCCCUGCGACAGUUCGACGUCCUCUUCCUCGUCGCCAUCGUCGCGCCGAAAGAGGCGUACACAGGGCGCCUGCAAGAGCUCGAACAGGUGCAUCAGUUCCCCGAAAAGUUCGGAGUCGUCGUCCUGCGCGGCUGCGAGGUCGUCGAGGUCCUCGACGAAGACGGAAAAGUCAUCAGCGAAUUCAAUCCCCUCGAACCUCGCAUGCCUAUGGGGACGGCGCGGACGCUUCGCGUUCUUCUCGAUCCGAAUCAGUACAGCCGAGAUGUUCUGAGAAUGGAGGAGGAAGGUUUCGAGGACUUUUACAGUUGCUUCAACUUGGUGAUUCGUCGACAUCCGAAGCACAACACCUUCAAAGCCGUGCUCUCCACCAUUCGGUCGCUGAUGAAUCAUCCCGAGGACGUCGUCAUUCCGGCCUGGCUUCACGACCUCUUCCUCGGCUUCGGAGACCCUGGGAGUGCUCAGUUCUUUCGUCUCCCUUCUCGGCUGCGUCGCCUAGACUUCCGAGAUACCUUCCUCGACUUGGUCCACCUGCGCGAGGCGCUCGCCGAAGCAGAGCUCGAGACAGAAGGGAACGUCGCGAGUCCUCCCUUCGUCCUGGACGUCCGAGACGCAGAGCCGGCCGAGAAAGGAGACCCAACUGGAUGGCCAGCUCUCAAAGUCCGCGCCAGCACAUACACCCUUCCCGCCGUCGGACCGUAUCCAGACUGUGUCCGACACACAAACAAAAUCCGCUUCACUCCACAGCAAGUUCGCUGUCUCCUCUCGGGUCUGCAACCUGGACUGACGAUGGUCGUCGGACCUCCGGGAAGUGGAAAGACAGACACGGCAGCGCAUCUCGCGUAUCUUCUCUACCACAACUUCCCUUCCGAAAAGGUUUUACUCGUCUCCCACAGCAACGCAGCGUUGAACGAUUUGUUCCGGAAAAUCAAGAACUUGGAUGUGGACGAAACGCAUCUCCUUCGGCUGGGUCGAGGCGAACAGGACCUGUAUGCAGAGAGUCGGGAACGAGCAGUUGGAAAGAUCGGAGACUUGGACGACGAAGUGGAAGACUUCUCCUUCUCGAAGCAGGGGAGAGUCAACAUGGUCCUGGAGCGCCGAAAACAGCUGCUCGAAAAAGUGGAGAAACUCGGAAGAUCUCUCGAGGAACAAGACGCACCUGGGCUCUCCGUCGGAGACGUCGGAUUCUCCUGCGAGACGGCUCUCCAGUUCUACAGAUACCACGUCCUCUUCAGAAUGGAGAGGUUUCGGAAACUCGUUCGCAGAAUGAAACUCCUCGAGGAGAAACACAGACGGGUGCAUGCAGACGAAGAAGAAGAAGUAAACGAGGAGGAAGAAAACGCGUUCUGGAGCCGCGUUUCACAGGUUUUCUCAGAUCUCGAACAAGAGCGCGGAACGCCCCUGGUCGUCAAGGUGGAGAAGGCGAGACAAGUGCAGGGAGAAGACGCUCACGAAACAAAUGGAGAUGAACAGGAACAAGAUGAGAAUGCAUGCAUUUCUGUUGAUCCGGUGCGAGCCAUGCGCGAGUUCAGGCACACCUACUUCGAGCUUCUCUUUCCUUUUCCACUCUUCUUCGCGGACGCUCCUCAACCUUUGUUCGUGAAAGACAAGGCCAAGGACGAAGAGAUGGCGGAAUGCUGCUUCAGAUACAUCGACAGAAUCUUCCAACAAAUCGACGACUGCCGCGCCUUCGAGCUCCUUCGCACUGCCGGCGACCGCGCCAACUACCUUAUCACGAAACACGCGCGCAUGAUCGCCAUGACUUGCACGCAUGCAGCGAUGACCCGCGAAAAUCUCGUUGGGCUGAAGUUCCAGUAUGACACUUUGAUCAUUGAAGAGGCGGCGCAGAUCCUCGAAGUGGAAACAUUUAUUCCGAUGCUUUUGCAGCAGCUUGAGCGUGGAGGCGUGAGCAGGCUCAAGCGUGUAGUCCUGAUUGGAGAUCACCACCAACUGCCUCCCAUUGUCAAGCAUCGGGCCUUUCAGAAGUACUCGCGACUGGACCAGUCGCUGUAUUCUCGCUUCAUUCGUCUGCGCUCGCCAGCGCUCGAGCUGGACAUGCAGGGACGCGCCCGGCCGUCGCUCGCGGCGCUCUACUCGUGGAACUACCGGCGUUUGGGGAAUCUGCCUGCCGUUGUGGAGAGCGAAAGGUACAUCACCGCAAAUCCAGGACUCUCCUUCGACUUCCAGUUCAUCAACGUCGAGGAUCACGCAGGCAAAGGCGAAACCAGUCCGCUGCCGUACUUCUACCAGAACUUGGGAGAAGCUGAAGCCGUUGUGGCGCUCUACAUGUACAUGCGGCUGACAGGGUAUCCAGCCGAAGCCAUCAGCAUCCUCACAACGUACAACGGACAGCUCGCUCUCAUCUCAGAUGUCCUCCAUCAAAGAUGCGCGUGGAACCCAGCAAUCGGCCUCCCCAAAGCCGUCGCCACGGUCGACAAAUACCAAGGCAUGCAAAAUGACUACAUUCUUCUCUCGCUCGUUCGCACGGAGCGCGUCGGUCACAUUCGAGACGUUCGCCGUUUGAUUGUCGCGGUUUCGCGGGCGCGGCUCGGUCUGUACGUCUUCGGACGGUGGUCGCUCUUCGGAAACUGCGCUGAGACAAGGCCUGUGAUGAGAAACUUCGCGAAGCGACCCCUGCAGCUGGCCCUCCAGCUCGACGAAGAAUCCUUCUUCACAACUCGAACAGUGAGGAAAGAGCCUUUCGCAGGACGGCAAGAACCUGUACCCGCAGGAUGCACGCUGGUCCCCGACGUCUCUCAACUUUUCACGGUUGUCCAAAAUCGCGCUGUCGCUCGCGUGGAAGAACUCAAAAAGCAACUCAACAUCCCCUCUUCUCUAUCUUCUUCUGCAUCUUCUUCAUCUUCUGCAUCUUCUUCAUCUUCUGCAUCUUCAUCUUCUGCGUCUUCAUCUUCAUCUUCUUCGAGGAGUUUGCUACCGCGACCGCAGGAGCCUGUCAGCUUGCAGGGCCGCUUCGGCCUGGCGGCGGCGCCUCUGGUCGUUCCCGCAAAUUUCCUUUCUGAAGACUCUUCUGUUCCUCCUGCGCCUCCUCCCCACUCGUUUGUUCCUCCUCGUCCGCCUCCGCGCGCGCCAGGCAAAGACAGGAGAAGCGCAACACGAAAAGGAAGAGAUGAAGGGAAGCCGAAGCCCAGAGGAGAGCAAGAACGGCACCGAAAAGAAGACUCACAGGCAGCAGGCGAAGAAGAGAAGGAAGUGAAAGAAGCAGAAAAAGGUGACAAAGGAGAAGAAGAAGAGGCGAAAGGAGAAGACGAAGAGAAGGAAGCCGUCGAAGAAGAGAAGGAAGUGAAAGAAGCAGAGAGAGGUGACAAAGGAGAAGAAGAAGAGGCGAAAGGAGAAGACGAAGAGAAGGAAGUGAAAGAAGGAGAAGAAGAUGACAAAGGAGAAGAAGAAGAGGCGAAAAGAGGAGGAGAGAUGGGCACUGAAUCGGAGGUACGGAUUGCUGAAAAGGAGUCAGAAGAGCAGAAAGGUGCUCGAAAGUCGGGAGGCAGAGCGCCUCGUAGGGGCGUUCGUUCGGAGAAGGAAACGUCAGGCAAGGGAGAAAAGGUGACAUCGUCGAGUGCAACAGGGAAGGCGCAACAACCUGAUGAAGCAGGUGACUCUGAGACGAAAGCGGCAGAAACGCAUGCGGAGGAAUCCGAACAAAGAGAGAGAAAAAGAGGCAGAACAGCAGGUCCACCAGCUUCAACUUCCUCAGCUGUCGAGGAGUCUGUCGCCUCGCCCCUCGCGCCUCCGGAGAGUCAAGCUACGAGAAAGUCCACGCGAACGCAUGCAAAGAAAGAUGGAAAGGAAGACGCUCAAGACGAAGGCACUCAAGGAAGAGAAAAGAGAAAACGUGGAAAGUCCAUAACCAUUUUGCCAGCAAGUGCACCGAAACGUAAAGCGUCGAAAAAGUAGACUUUUCAAAAAAUUAGUCUUCCCACAAAUACAAUACACUUAUGUUUUUUAUAUAAAUAAAUAUUUAUACAUAUAUAUAUAUAUAUGCAUUUAUAUUUAGAUGCAUGUUUUUUGUAUGCAUAUACCUGUGUACACAUGUAUAUGUAUAUGGAGAGAAUAUGCGUGAAGGUGAGCAAAGACUGGGUGUCUGUUUGCGUUUGCUUGGUCCAAAACUCCAAAACGGUGGUGCAUGCUCAUGCGUGGAAAUGUCGUUUUUCUGCGAAUUCAACUAUCGCAACUGAAACCUGAAAACAAGUAAACGAAUUCCGAAAUUUUGGGCUCUCUUCGCUUCUACAACUAUCAUCCGUUCUCGUCGCAUUUGUGUUUUUGGAAACAGACCCCGUUC